GGUUCUCCUCAUCACUUCGGGUUUGAGCAAUCUUGCAGAGAGAUGCCUGACCUUCCUCAUUUACCCCCAGAAAUUAUCUACCAGAUUGUCGCUCCGAUUAUAGUCGAGAACAUCGACCUCCUCAUUGCGGAGGCGCGUAAAUCGGAAGACAUUUAUAGGCCAGAACCUCAAAAAUCCUAUAACUGCCCUUUUGAGGACGUCUCACUCAUUCAGAGCCACGACGAACAAAGUUCUAUCUGAUGCAUUGGGCAUACCUCUGAAUGAAGAUGACAAUCUCCAACGUAAACCGUUUCCUGUGAUACGGUACCUCCGAUCCAUUUGGAUAUUUUGCCGCAAAGGCAACUCCAACAGUUACGCGAAAUUGGCCAUGAAUCCCAAUUUCAAGACAUCACCCUUGAUCACUGCGUACAUCUUCCUAGCAGGCGGAGAACUGCUGGUGCAUGAUCAAGUGGCCCCCGAGAUAAUCCACUACGACCCAAAAAAGGAGCCAUGCCUACCAGUGGACGCUCUUGAGGUUGCGGACUGUAUCCAAAAAGAGAUACUAGCUGGACCUGUGAUAAAACGCGCGCAGAACUUUCUCUGGUCUAGUUACGUCGCGGACAACAUAAUUAUAACAAUGGAAAAACUUGAGGAGGUUUGCUGGCCAUUCAGAACGCCUGUUUAUGAUCGAAACUAUCCGGGGUAUAAAGAAAACCUGACCGAUAUUAUCAAAGUAAUGCGCGAUGUGAAAACGAUCAUGAACCAAGAACAGAAUCGCCAAUUUGCUUUUUAUUUUGGGCCUUAUCCAGGUGCCGCUAAUCUUCGUCCAGAACUGAUCAAAGUUGCCAGAGGUCACCUUGCACCGCUCAUCAUGAUGGCGAAGCUGCCCAUCACAAACCAGAAGGACAAGGAGCUCAUAGCGAAGGUCACGCUUGAGACAUAUUCUGCUAUGGAUGAUUUCUUCAAGUCACUCUUUCCACCUAACGACGAGGAGAAAACUUUGAUGGACUACUACGUUGACGGGAUUCUGCCAUUUCCUCUUGGUCAACCAAGGGAAUUCUGAUUAAGCCAAUGUUGCUAACAUUUCGUCUUUCGACAUGUCUAAAUCUAGAAUCAUCAAUGGAAUUCUAAUGCAGCGUCUCACGUUU